AGAGCACAGCUGCAGGCAGUCAGGGAGGAGGUGGGGCCUGGGCUGCCCUGCCCCCCCAUAUCCUCCCCCCAAGGCUUGUCCGGAGGUAGGGGACUUGUACCCUGAGAUCUCUGCUUGGCCUGACCCUGCUGCAAGGGCUGUCUGACCCCAGUAACAGUGGAAAUGGCAAGUUUAUUGAGCUCCCCUUUGCCCUGCUGUCUCCCCUCCCUCCUCCUCCUUCAGCUGUCUUCCAGCUAUGCAGGACAGUUCAGAGUAAUAGGACCAGGGCAUCCCAUCCGGGCUCUGGUGGGGGAUGAAGUGGAAUUGCCAUGCCGCAUAUCUCCUGGAAAGAACGCCACAGGCAUGGAGGUGGGAUGGUAUCGGCCGCCCUUCUCGAGGGUGGUCCAUCUCUACCGAAAUGGCAAGGACCAAGAUGCAGAGCAGGCACCCGAAUAUCGGGGCCGAACGGAGCUGCUGAAAGAAGCUAUUGCUGAGGGGAAGGUGACCCUUAGGAUCCGGAACGUAAGGUUCGCGGAUGAAGGAGGUUUCACCUGCUUCUUCCGAGAUCAUUCUUACCAGGAGGAGGAAGCAAUAGAACUGAAAGUGGAAGACCCCUUCUACUGGAUCAAUCCCGGGGUGCUGGUUCUCAUCGCUGUCCUGCCUGUGCUCCUCCUGCAGGUCGCGGUGGGCCUCGUCUUCCUCUGCCUGCAGCACAGACUGAGAGGAAAACUUUGGGCAGAGAUAGAAAAUCUCCACCGGACUUUUGAUCCCCACUUUCUGAGGGUCCCCUGCUGGAAGAUAACCCUGUUUGUAAUUGUGCCAGUUCUUGGACCGCUGGUUGCCUUGAUCAUCUGCUACAACUGGCUACAUCGAAGACUAGCAGGGCAAUUUCUUGAAGAGCUGAGAAACCCCUUCUGAGUGACAUCGCAUCUUGGCAGGGGCAGAGGAGAGCCUGGCUGUCCGAGGACCAGUCCUUGGAGAUGUCACGCCCAUCACACUGCACACUCACUGGCCUCCUGCUGCGGGGACAUUCAAUCUGCACUU